GCUGCCAACGCCGCUCCGGCUGCCCGAGCUCCGCUGGUUCCGGGACUGGCACGAUGGCUCUGCAAGGGGCGGCGGCGGCUGAGGAGCUCGUGUUCUAUGUGAAUGGCAGGAAGAUAAUAGAGAAAAAUGCGGAUCCUGAAGAAAUGCUGUUGUCUUAUCUGCGAAAGAGGCUCCGUCUUACAGGAACUAAGUAUGGCUGUGGAGGAGGUGGCUGUGGUGCCUGCACAGUGAUGAUAUCGACUUAUGAGCCAGUUUCAAAGAAGAUACGACACUAUUCAGCCAAUGCAUGUUUGCUUCCCAUUUGCUCCUUGUAUGGUGCAGCAGUGACUACAGUGGAAGGUGUUGGAAGCACAAAUACCAGGAUUCAUCCAGUUCAGGAAAGACUUGCAAAGUGCCAUGGCUCCCAGUGUGGUUUCUGCACACCUGGAAUGGUGAUGUCCAUAUAUGCUUUGCUAAGAAACCACCCAGAACCAACUUCGGAGCAGAUGAUUGCAGCUCUGGCUGGGAACUUGUGCCGCUGUACUGGAUAUAGGCCAAUCCUAGAUGCCUGUAAAACCUUCUGUAAGGAAUCUGUUUGUUGUCAAAUGAAAGCAAACGGAAAAUGUUGCUUGGAUCAGGAAGAAGGUUUGUUUGACAAGGAAGAGAAGGUUUCCACCAGCCUGUUUUCAACAGAUGAAUUCCAGCCCUUAGAUCCCACCCAGGAGCUUAUAUUUCCUCCAGAACUAAUGAGAAUGGCUGAAAACCAAGCAAAAAGAACUCUUUUUUUUCAUGGGGAACGAGUGACAUGGAUCUCUCCUGUAACCUUGGAUGAAUUACUGGAUCUGAAAGCUGCCCACCCCAAAGCCCCUCUCGUGGUUGGGAACACCAGUGUGGGACCUGAGAUGAAAUUUAGAGGUGUGUUCCAUCCAGUUCUUAUUGCUCCUGCAAGGAUCCCAGAUCUGAAUGUGGUGAAAUGCACAGAUGAUGGACUAACUCUGGGAGCUGCCUGCAGCCUCUCUCUAGUGAAAGACAUCUUGGCAAAAGCAAUCUCAGAGUUCCCUGAGGAGAAGACAAAGGUUUUCUGUGCCAUCUUGCAGCAAUUAAGAACCCUGGGUGGAGAACAGAUACGAAACGUUGCUUCAUUAGGUGGAAACAUCAUAAGUAGAAAAUCAACCUCGGACUUGAAUCCUGUUCUGGCAGCCAGCAACUGCAUGCUCAAUCUGGCUUCAAGAGGAAGAAAGCGACAGAUUCCUUUGAGUGACAUUUUUGCAGAUGGAAUUGGUAACAAUACCAUUACACCAGAAGAGAUCUUAGUGUCUGUCCAUAUCCCCCAUUCAAGGAAGGGGGAGUACGUCUCUGCAUUUCGACAAGCACCCAGACGUGAAAAUGCUCUUGCAAUAACCAAUGCUGGGAUGAGAGUACUUUUUGAAGAAGGUACAGACGUAAUAAAGGAUUUAAGCAUUUUCUAUGGAGGUGCUGGGUCAACAACAGUCUGCGCUAAACAAACCUGUUGCACACUUAUUGGAAGACACUGGAAUGAACAAAUGUUGGAUGAAGCCUGCAGACUAGUUCUUAAAGAAAUUGCUCUUCCAAGCUCAGCCAGUGGUGAAAAAAUAGACUAUAAGAAAACUUUGAUAGUCAGUUUCUUCUACAGAUUUUUCCUGGAAAUAUCACAGUCAUUAAAGAUAAUGGAUCCUUGCCGCUAUCCUGGCAUACCUAUGGAAUAUAUGAGCGUCCUUGAGGAUUUCAAAACCAGAAUGCCCCAGAGUAUCCAAAUAUACCAGGAUGUAGAGCCCGGUCAGUCCCCCCAGGAUCCCGUAGGACGGCCCAUUAUGCACCAGUCCGGGAUCAAGCACUCCACUGGUGAAGCAGUUUACAUCGAUGACCUUCCUUCUGUGGAUGGGGAGCUUUUCCUGGCUGUCGUCACUAGUUCCAGAGCUCAUGCCAAGAUUGUAUCCAUAGAUACCUCAGAGGCUCUAAAAGGACCAGGUGUGUUUGAUAUCAUAACAGCUCAAGAUGUACCAGCUGCAAACGAGUUUUACUAUUCUGAUGAACCAGAGAUUGUAUUUGCAAGAAACAAGGUGAUUUGUGUGGGUCAGAUUGUCUGUGCAGUGGUUGCAGAUUCGGUUGUUCAUGCCAAACAAGCAGCUGCAAAAGUGAAGAUAGAGUAUGAAAUGCUGGAACCAGUAAUUUUAACAAUUGAGGAAGCUAUAAAGCACAACUCGUUCUUUGAGCCAAAAAGAAAGUUAGAACAAGGAAAUGUUGACCAAGCGUUUGAAACCGUUGAUCAGAUAAUUGAAGGGGAGAUUUGCAUUGGGGGACAGAAACACUUUUACAUGGAGACUCAGAGUGUUCUCGUUGUCCCAAAAGGAGAGGAUAAAGAAAUGGAUGUGUACGUGUCAACACAGCAUCCAGCAUUUAUUCAGGAGAUAGUAGCUGCAAGUUUAGGUGUUCCAGCCAACAGGAUCAUGUGCCAUGUUAAACGAGUUGGUGGAGCAUUUGGUGGCAAAAUUCUGAGAGCUGGCUUACUGGCAUCAGUUGCUGCAGUGGCAACAAACAAAACCAGCAGAGCAGUCCGUCUAAUCCUGAGCCGAGGGGAUGAUAUGUUAAUCACUGGUGGCCGCCAUCCUUUUGUUGCGAAAUAUAAAGUUGGCUUCAUGAACGAUGGUAGGAUCAGAGCUGUGGAUACCAAAUAUUACAUUAAUGGAGGAUGUAGUCCUGAUGAUUCUGUUUUGGUUGCAGAAGUAUCCUUACUAAAAAUGGACAAUGCAUACAAGAUUCCCAACUGGAGGUGCUGGGCUUAUGCCUGCAAAACAAACCUGCCAUCAAACACGGCAUUCCGAGGGUUUGGCUUUCCCCAGUCAGGACUGGUGACAGAAACUUGGAUAACGGAAGUUGCAGAUAAAACUGGUUUACCACCAGAAAAGAUUAGGGAAAUAAAUAUGUAUAAGGAGAACGAGCAAACACCCUUCAAACAGAAGCUUGAUCCACAGAACUUAAUACGGUGUUGGAACGAAUGUAUGGAGAAAUCUGCAUACUACAGUAGGAAAGCAGCUGUCAGUGAAUUUAACAAACAAAAUUACUGGAAGAAAAGAGGGCUUGCCAUUGUACCAAUGAAGUUUCCAUUUGGAAUGGGCGCACGUUACCUUUCUCAGGCUGCUGCACUGGUUCAUAUUUAUACUGAUGGGUCUGUGCUUCUGACACAUGGUGGAAUUGAAAUGGGGCAGGGUAUUCACACGAAAAUGAUCCAGGUUGCUAGUCGGGAAUUGAACAUCCCUAUGUCAUGUAUUCACUUCUGUGAAACGAGCACAACAACUGUUCCCAAUGCAUGUGCCUCGGUAGGAUCUGCAGGGACAGAUGUCAAUGGCAUGGCUGUGAAGGAUGCUUGCCAAACUCUUCUGAAACGCCUGCAGCCGAUCAUCAACGAGAACCCAAACGGGACCUGGAAUGAUUGGAUUAAAGAAGCUUUUGAACAGAGUGUGAAUCUAUCAGCUACUGGCUACUUUAGAGGUUACGAUGAACACAUGGAUUGGGAGAAAGGGGAAGGACAACCAUUCUCGUAUUUUCUUUUUGGAGCUGCUUGUUCAGAGGUUGAAAUCAACUGUCUGACAGGAGAUCACAAGAAUCUCAGAACAGACAUUGUUAUGGACAUUGGAUGCAGCAUAAAUCCAGCUGUGGAUAUAGGACAGAUUGAAGGUGCUUUUGUUCAAGGCAUUGGACUGUACACAAUGGAGGAAUUAAAGUACUCUCCAGAAGGAGCCCUCUAUACUCGGGGCCCAGAUCAGUAUAAGAUCCCUGCUGUUUGUGAUAUUCCAGAACAGUUUAGUGUUUCCCUGCUGUCAUCUUCCCACAAUCCUUAUGCCAUCUAUGCGUCCAAGGGAAUAGGUGAGGCAGGAUUUUUCUUGGGAUGCUCUGUGUUCUUCGCUUUGAGAGAUGCAAUAACCAGUGUGAGGAAUGAAAGAGGACUGAAGAAGCCCUUUGCACUGAACAGCCCUCUGACCGCUGAGCAAAUACGGGCAAGCUGCGCUGAUGACUUCACUGAGCUGAUGGCAAACAAUGAAGCUGCAUCCUCCGCUCUUCAGGCCACAUCUGUGUGAAUGACAAAGACCGGAAUGGAAAACUGAUUUGCUGCUCCAAGACACACUAACCAACACACAGAUACAUAUGUUUUCUCAUUUUCAUAUUUUCAGAAUAGAAUCAGCUACCAAAAAUUUGCACUUUAUGUCUUCUAUCCUUACCUUCAUUCUUCCUCCAGUAUAUUACUGUAUUUCACUUAAAUCACUGCAUUUAGUUGCAAGAAAUACAUCUUCUCCAUUUGAAGGAUAUAUAUUCAACACGAAAGGUCUACUGAACAGCACAACUCAAAUGCUGUAGGAAAGCAAAAUUAAGAUGAAGUAUAAAGGUACACUAGGUAACUUAUUGUGACUUAUUACACCCAGUCACUUCAUAUGAUAAAUGAUUUUGUAAUGGCUUCAGCUAAUUUUCUAAUAUACAUCUGAGUCUUGCAGUGGAGUGUGAGCACAGAGAUCUUUGUCGAAGACUCAGAACUUAUUGGAUUCAGUCCCUUUUUGAUCAGAGGUGAUGCUCUAACUUGUAGUAAAGCUACUUUAGAUUCUUUUGGCACAGACAUCUUUGUGUCAAGAGCACGCAAGAACCAAGAGUGAUGAUUCUCUUUCGCUGUGCCAGGCAAGUUGACCUACAUAUAUAGGACAUGAAUUUUAUUCCAAAAGUUGGCAGUCGCUUCAUUGUAAUUUCCACCAGAAGCUUUCUUUUUCUCACGGGGCAAGCCAAGAGCCUCUGAACUUAAUGGAAAAACUGUCAUGGAGUUCAGUGUGCUUUGAAUGGGAGACUGGAUAAACCUGUCUCUGGAAAGGAUUCUUAACUAGUGCUUAGUCCUGUACUUAGGAGUGUAUUAAGCCAUGAAAGCACAGUUAAGAGCUUUCUCCCACUCUUGGCCACUCCUGAAAGAAAGAAAAUAGAAAAAACCAUAAUGAGAUCCAAAGACGUUCUGCAAAGAUCAAUCAUCUAAUGCUGUCAUCAUGCAAUGGGAUUAGGCCACACCCGAGCAGCAGCACCUGGAGAAAAUAGGAAAAUAUAAAGCAACACUGUGUCAAAUAGUAACAAAAAUUCUGGUGUUAAUACAUUUGAAGUAUGUUAAUGGUCAUAACCUAUGGUGAGACCAAGAAAUAACUUUCAAGUUAUGAAAGCUCCAGUCACAAUAUUCAGUUUUCAGCAUCAGAAUCCAAAAUACUGAACUCAUUGAAAACUUUGGCCUUUCCUGCUCUUUGAGUGCAAAGGCAAGAUUUCAGUUCUGAAUGUGCAUACACACAAAUACACAAAUCUCCAUGGCAUUUGCACUUGAGGCUUUGAUCUGGGGUGCAUCCUUGCAUAGGCAAAACACUUCACUUUUUUAGUGAGUCUACUAAAGUUACCUAAAGUAGCACCUGAAAAAUUGCAGCAGAUUCUUUAAAAAUAAAGCAGAAAUGGGAAAAUCAGUAGUUUAUAUGUUCACUGUGUGGUUUCAGUGAACUCUGCAUCAGUUAUUCCUUGCUAAGCAUGGGUAUUGCUCUUCCACUCACAGGUCACCUUGCUCCAACACUAUGAUGACUGCCAUUUCUACUGGAAGUAAAUGGCUUUAAUUCGUUUGACAUGUCAGCCUGCAGGCUCUUAUUAUUUCACUGCCUCUCAGUUUUCCACAAUUUUUCUUCUUGCCUUAUGUCCCUUUUACAAGUUGAUACUGUAUCUGUGACAGAAAUCAAGUCAGUAGCUUAAAACAGCUUUUGCAUUGACUACUAAGGUAUGAAAUCGUUAUUGCUUCAAUUUGUCUCUCUGUAACCACUGAGUAGGUGAAAUGCAGCUGCUUAAACAUAGCUGUCCAAACCGUCUUAGAUAUGAUCAGACAGCAGAGGCAGAGGAGAGCACAGGACUGGAAGAUAUGAUAUAGCAACUGGAGGUCAAGCAGGUAAUAAUCAUCUGAAGUGCCACUGAAAGUGUGAUUUAGGCAACUGAAGCCUUAUUGGUUUUUACUUCUUUUUCUUCACUUUCUUUGUAUUACUUUGGCUUUUAUUUAUUGUUAGAAGAUCAAUAAAUCAAAUUAAA